AUGUGGAGUGAAUUAUGGGCAAAUCUAUGGAGUUCAAUAUUUUUUACGUUAUUUAGACCGAUGUUAAAGUGGAUUUUGAGACUGGUUACAGGCAAAUGUGAACUGUUAAGAAUAACAUAUGAAGAGAAUGCUGGCUCACAAAGAACAAAACGAAUUGAAAAAUCCUUGAAAUUGUCAAAGAAUCCAUUUCUGAAGUGUUUGGUGGUAUCGUAUGAUGACAUUGAAGUAGAUGAAGCAACAAAUGAAGUAUUGAAAAUUAAAGAUAUCAUAAUAGAAGUUCACUCACAGUUUUCAAGAUGCUUUCAAAAUUGUUUAAAUCAAAUUAUAAGCUAUAAAAGACUGCUUGAUGAAGUUGAAAGUAUAAGAACCACUCCAUAUGACAGUAAAAAUCAAGAACAUGAAGAAAAACUUCUCAAGUUGUGGACAAUUUUGAUGCCAGACACUAAAUUAAAAAGCAGAAUAAGUAAACAAUGGACUGAUAUUGGUUUUCAAGGUGAAGAUCCAAGAACAGAUUUCCGUGGAAUGGGAAUACUUGGUUUAAAUCAGUUGUUAUAUUUUGGUGAAAAAUAUACAACAGAAGCUCGUCAUGUUUUAUCUCAAUCACAUCAUCCUCAAUAUGGGUAUUCCUGUGCUAUAGUUGGUAUUAAUCUUACUAGUAUGAUAUAUAAUCAGUUAAAAUCUAGAAAAUUACGAACUCAUUUUUACAAUAAACCUAGUUCAGCCUGUAUAGAUGAUUUCCAUGAAAUUUAUUGUUAUUUAUUUCAAGAGUUUAAUAAAUUUUGGUUUAAUGAAAAACCUAAAGACAUUAUGGAGUUUAGUAGAUUAAGAGACAAGUUUAAUAGGAAAAUUUUAAAUCAAUUAAAAAACCCACAGACUGUUUUACAAAAUGUUACAAGUAAUGGAGGCUAGUCAAAAACUAGUUGCUAGGAAACAAGAAGAAGCUGAUUACAAUUAAGACUAUUUUAACUUUUAAAUUUGUAUAAUAUGUUCUCCAGUGAUUUGUGAUUUAAAGUACACACAGGGAGUCUGUAAUAUGAAAUCAAGCUAAUCCUUACCAAUCAUGGAAUAAUAUUCUGCUAAAUGAUUACAACCUAACUUCACACUAACUGAUACUACUUAUGACAUUCACUAAAUAUUAUUAAGCAAUAAUUUGUGUCCUAUACUUGAUGUCCGACAGAGGUUAAUUGCAGUCAGACAUUUUGGCAGGACAGUCGGUCAUGUCUGGUAUAUAUGGGCAAAUCAUGAUCCGUGGUCCGAUUUAUUUUGAUUUAUGUAGAUAGACUGAAAGGGUAAAAUAGUUAGAUUAACAUCAGUUGUUAUUUUUGCUCAGUAUUGAAUGAUAUUGUUUUUGAAUGCUAGUUUAUUGUUUUGGAUAUAUAUUAAACAAAAUAUUUGU